AUGGCUUCUCUUCUGGCCAACGGAAUUUCUCAAUUCUAUCCACAACCCGUCACCGAAAAUCCCAAAAUCACAAAAGGGUUUUACCCAAAGCUCGAAUUUUUCAAAUCCUCAAACCCCAAAAAACCUAAUUCGAGAGUUUUCAAGACCAGUGCAAUUGGUUACGAACCUAAGAUGAUCGACUCGGACCUCCAAACAGGUAAGCCUUCAAUUUCAACCCCACUUGAGGAAGACCCACUUCAUAAGUUCCUCAAAAGGGACUAUAAAUGGGGUUUUUCAGAACAAAUUGAUUCUUUUACGAUUCCGAAAGGUCUAAAUGAGGAGACAAUUAGGUUGAUUUCUGCAAGAAAAAAUGAACCCGAUUGGAUGCUUGAAUUUAGAUUGCAAUCUUAUGAGAAAUUCUGCAGAAAAGUUGAGCCUAAAUGGGCUGAUAUUGAGUACCCUCCGAUAGAUUUCCAAAAUAUGUGUUAUUAUUCUGAGCCAAAAAAGAAACCGACCUUGAAUAGUCUUGAUGAGGCUGAUCCUGAGCUUGUUAGGUACUUUGAUAAACUGGGUGUUCCUUUAAAUGAGCAAAAUCGCUUGGCUAAUGUUGCUGUUGAUGCUGUUCUUGAUAGUGUUUCAAUUGCUACAACUCAUAGAAAAAUUUUAGAGAAAGCUGGAGUGAUAUUUUGUUCCAUAUCCGAGGCAAUUAGGGAAUACCCAGAUUUAAUCAGGAAGUAUUUGGGGAGAGUUGUGCCUCCGAAUGAUAAUUAUUAUGCGGCACUGAAUUCAGCUGUGUUUAGUGAUGGUUCAUUUGUGUAUAUACCUAAAGAUACUAAGUGUCCAAUGCAAAUUUCUACCUAUUUUCGGAUAAAUGCUAUGGAAACGGGGCAAUUCGAGAGGACUUUGAUUGUUGCUGAUGAGAGAAGUUUUGUAGAAUAUUUGGAGGGGUGUACUGCACCUUCUUAUGAUACAAAUCAGCUCCAUGCUGCAGUGGUUGAAUUGUAUUGUCACGAGGGUGCGGAAAUUAAGUAUUCUACAGUGCAGAAUUGGUAUGCUGGAGAUGAGGAAGGGAAGGGAGGGAUUUAUAAUUUUGUUACCAAGAGGGGGCUUUGUGCUGGUGCUCGGUCGAGGAUAUCGUGGACACAAGUAGAGACGGGUUCUGCUAUAACUUGGAAGUAUCCGAGUGUUGUUUUGGAGGGUGAUGAUUCUGUGGGUGAGUUCUAUUCUGUUGCAUUGACUAAUAAUUAUCAACAGGCAGACACUGGGACGAAGAUGAUACACAAGGGGAAGAAUACUAGAAGUAGGAUUAUUUCAAAGGGCAUUUCAGCUGGAAAUUCGAAAAAUACUUAUAGGGGCCUUGUUCAGAUUCUUUCAAAUGCAGAUAAUGCUCGAAACUCCUCACAAUGUGAUUCAAUGCUCAUUGGUGACAAUGCAGCUGCCAACACUUAUCCGGACAUUCAGGGAUUCUGCGAUGAUGAAGAAGAAGAAAGAGGGGGCUUCUGCGAUGAUGCUAAGGCUUUUGGUGUCUUCGAUUUUAACAGAUCUUCUUCUCCAUUUCCUUUUUCCUUUACUAUUUUGACUUUGGAGAUUUUGCUGAAGUUUCUACCAAAUCCACUGAAUGGCGGGAAACUGUCCAGCAACUCAGAUAUUGAUUUUGGAUUUAGAAAUGGUAAUUCAUCGUUUGAGAUUCGUUCUGAUCAAGGAAUAUCGAAUGUUAAUGUUUCUUCGUCUAAUUCAGAUGAUUUGGCUGUUCGAUUUGACUCGAUUGGCCAAGAUCUUGCAUCGAUUCAAUUUGUUGGGAUUGGUAAACCUUUUUCUAUGGAUCAAGAGAAAGGGGUUUUUCUAGAUUCUUCAAAAUUGGUGGGUACUUUCACUGACUCUUCCAGAGUUGUGCGAGAAUCUGAGAAGCUUCUAGUGUCUGGGAUAAGUGGUACUAAAGCAGCAAAAAGAGUGGUAUAUAACAAUGGUGAACCAAGAAUGUAUUGGUCAGCAGAGGAGACUCAGGAUUUGUCUGCUAAGUUUCAUCAGACUCUAAUUGGAAAGUGUGCAUAUGGGAAACCAUCGCUAAGGAGUGUUGUGAAGUCAUCUAAUAAAGAGCAAAAUGGAGGAGAGAAGAUGGAGAAAGGUAAGGGUGUUGUGGUUGUUGUGGAGAAGUUGGCUAGUCCUGUGAAAGAUAAUAAUCUUGGAAAUGGCUGGCAAAAUAAUAAGGCGAAGCAUGUGUUGCAAGAGGGGCAGAGAGUGAAACAAAGGAAAGAAUUCAGGCAAAAGACUAUUGUAACAAAUCAAGAUUUGGGGAAUAGAUUUUCUGUCUUAAUGGAUGCAAAUGGGGAUCAGCUGCAGAAUGGGAGAUUUGUGGAAUGUCCUGAUAAGGGACAGUGUAGUUUGCAAAAUCCCCUGUCUGAGGGGAUGGACCAAGCUAGCAAGGGUUUGGAAAAGGGAAAAGGUGUUUCGAUGGAGCAGAUUGAGUUAAUUUCUAUGGAGAAGGUGUUGGUGCCUUCUAGGGAUGAUAAGGUAAGUAAGGAGGGGGUUAUGAUGGAGGGUAAUGGGUGUAGUCAGCAGGUAAAUAUGGCUAUUAAUGUGGACGAAGAGAGUGUUGUGGAUUUGUCGGUACAGUUGAAACAAGGAGAUGAUGAGUUGAAUUAUGAGGCUCUGAAUGGUGGGAAUAAGGAAGUAGUUCAGAAUAUGGCGGGUGAUCUUCGUGAUGACCAAUCCACUUCCAUGGUGUUAAAGGAGCUGCAAAUGGAGGGUCAGGAGUGCGGUAUGCUUAACAAACAAGCUUUGCCAUAUUGCAUUGUUAAGCUGCUGAGCUAUGGUGCUGCAGUGCCGAUAUGCUGCUGUGCUGGAGAUGAUUGGAGCUCUGAAUUGGAGUCUGAUCUGGGGAAGAACCACACAACCCGUGUUGAGCAUGAAGCUACCACUUCCAAAAUUGGUGAAGAUCAGCUGUUCUACUUCCAGCAGAGAGGGAUCGACUAUGAAAAAGCCAUGGCUGCCAUGAUUUCUGGGUUUUGCAGGGAUGUCUUCAACGAGCUACCUGAUGAAUUUGGUGCUGAAGUGAACCAGCUCAUGAGCUUGAAGCUUGAAGGAUCUGUUGGUUAG